AUGGAAGUAGUGGGUGGAGAUCGGUCUGAUAUCCAAGCCAAGGUGCUCCAGAGUACCCUUGAUGAGGUGGCAUCGAGGCAAGAGGGAACCGAUCAUGCUCAGGCCGAGUGCUGUGUCAUUUGUCUCGAAACCAUCACCGAGCCAUGUGAGGCCAGGCCAUGUCAACACGCCAAUUUCGACUAUGUCUGCUUGAUCAACUGGCUUGAACAGCAAAUAAAAUGUCCUCUGUGCAAGGCAUCCAUCAGCGAGGUUCGAUAUGACUUCGAAGAGCCAGACAGGAGCCGAUGGAGGACGUUCGUGCCAGACACGAGGGAAGCCGCUGCCCCCAGUCCGUCAGUGCACCGCAGACCGCAGCCACCAAGAAGGAAUUGGCCCUACUAUACACCCUCGCGCCGGCGUGAACACGUCACACCUCUCCACACUCUCGCCGAGGAUGAAGCAGUUCUCCGGCGACGUCAGGUUUACCGCGACCAGCUAUAUUCGCUGCAUGUCGGCACAAAUCGCGUCGCCCAGUAUCGAGAAUUGACGCCUCAACUGUUUGAGCAAGAUCCCAGUCUAGUCUCUCGUGCUCGGAUGUGGCUAAGGAGGGAGCUGAGGGUCUUCGAGUUUCUACACACCACGGCAGCACCACAGGAUAGCGACGACGCCACUACCAGAAGGCGCGCUAACAAUGCUGAAUUCCUGCUAGAAUACAUCAUUGCCAUUCUGAAGACGGUCGACAUUCAGGGUAGUCAGGGGCAAGCUGAGGAUAUGUUGCAAGAGUUUCUGGGUCGGGAAAACACCCGGCUGCUGCUUCAUGAAUUGGGCAGCUUUCUCAGAAGCCCUUCAACGUCGCUUGAGGCCUGGGAUUGUGCUGUGCAAUACCCGGUCGGGACACCAAGGAAACGACGGAGUCUCAGUCCCGAUACUAGCUCCAGACCCGGGUCGUCCACGUCGUCUCCUCGACCUGGCCAGCAAGUUGAAAAUAUACCUUCUUGA